GGACGUGUGACCCUCUCUUCUCUCCCAGCAAGCGGAUGUGCUUUUCAUUUCUUGCCUUCUGUUUUUCAGUUGCUUGUCUUAUCGUCACUUGGUGAGUGCUAAAAUAAAUAAAUAAUACAUAUACAGUACAUAGCAAUGUAUUAAUAGAAGGAUAGCUAUUUAUAAAAGCAGAGGAUCUUGGACAGUAGUUCACUAAAAUAUUGAAUAAGCAAGCAAGACAUCUUGCCAUCUGCAAAAAAAGAAGGCCAGCAUCCGGCACGUCUGAAGAAUGUACAACUCUCAUCUGGAUGGAACAACGGCAGAACCAACAAAGAGAGCUACACAUAUGACAAGUGAAAAAUAAUAUCAAUACGGAAAACGACAGGCCAUGCCAUUGAUGACUUCUACACGUUGUGCACAAAACCUAAAUAAUCUACAGUUGUGAGCUUACCAGAGCAGAGCUGGCUGUUGGAAUGUCAGUCAAGUGCGUCCUGGUCGGGGACAGCGCGGUGGGAAAGACGUCCCUUCUGGUCAGAUUCGCCUCAGGAACCUUCCCAGAUGCCUACAGGCCUACGGUGUUCGACAACACAGGUGUGGAGGUCUACAUGGAUGGAGUCCUAAUCCAGCUGGGUCUGUGGGACACAGCGGGACACGACAACUUCAGACAGAUCCGACCCAGAUCCUAUCAGCAGGCCGACGUGGUGUUGGUGUGUUUCUCUGUGGCCAAUCCCAACUCUCUGGCCAGCGUGCACAACAAGUGGAUGGCUGAGGUGCGGGAGAACUUACCCAAAGUGCCGGUGCUGGUCGUGGCCACCCAGACGGACUUGCGGGAGUCGGGAGCACAUCGGGAGAGCUGCAUCUCUGCGGCGGAGGGGAGACGCGUGGCUCAUGACUUGCGUGCCAAAGGCUACCUGGAGUGUUCGUCUUUAAACAAGAGAGGGGUGCAGCAGGUUUUCGAGUGCGCCGUACGUACUGCCGUGAGGCACAGCAGGAAGCUGGCCAGGCGGCGAAUGUUUAGCGUCAACCAGUGCCAGGUCUUUUGACCCUUGACUUUGCAUAUUUAACACAAUAAAAGGCACUUUUUAGCCUCUUUUGUGUCACAUGACCGUAAAUGCAGCAUUUAUUUACCUUUAAAACGUUUUUUCUUUAAUGUUUAAUUUAUGUGAUUGAUUAUAAGAAUGAUUGGAAUCAUUAGAACCAGAGCACGUGUGUGCAGGCCUGCAAGGAGAACAAGGGCUGGGCAUACAGUGACAGCUCCCGUGAGGUGGUCAGUGCCUUGUGCAGGCUAGCAUCUCUCCCACAGUCUUGCAAUUUAUUUUGGUCUGCGCCCAAACCCAUGUACCCAAGGCUUAGGUGACCACCGCCCAGACCCCGGGGGGCCCAGUGGGAUAUGACCAUUACUCACAGCAACACUGCAUGCCACCAGCACUACUGCUGCCGAACAGUGACAAUUUCUUUCAACACAACAGAGUGCUGGAUGUUAAACUUCACAUUCCCUUGUCUCGGAAUUGCGGCAUCCCCUUUCACAAAUGCCGCCCCCGAUACUACCAAAAUGGGGAAAAUUGCUGGCCGGGUGGACUUUGUCAGCCCCUUUUUAUUUGUUCAACAUUUCAACUUUUUUUUUCUUUUUCUUGCAGCAUCACAAAUGGCCCCCAGGCCCCAUCUCAAAUAUAUGCAUUCAUUGGCCAUACCAUGAGGUACACCAAGCUUGGUUUUGAGGUGUUAAUUCAAUUAUUGAUUAAUUAAGCUCUUCUAUUGGACCUUAUUAGCUUGUGCUGCUGUUGGGACGGUGGGGUGUGCUGGUUGUCUUACAAUAAUAAAUAAAGAUAAAAAAAAUAGCUACUUUUGUGUGAAAAGAUGAU